AAAAUAGGGGAUACUGCGGAGGAGGAGCGGAGCGGAGAUAAAGUUUGAGCAGAAAUACAUGGAGGAUAUACAUAGUCAUAGAUAGUCUAAAUCCCGCCAUAUGUAUAAAAAUAUGACUACCCUUUCAUCCCCUCUUUCUCGUUGCUGCUAUCCUCUCCAGCCAUCAUCAUUGUUGCUCCACAGAUGGAAUGGGGGGUUUAAUUCUGCUUCUGCUAAGAUUCGCCACUUGUUUUCGAUUAAUAUUGGAUUUGUGAGCAGGAGAACUUUACUGUGUGCAGUCAGCAAAGAUGCUGAAGAAUCGUUUAAGAAGACAGUUGAAGUGGACCAUCUCAUCGAUAUGCUAAGGGAUGCCGAUGAAAAAGAACUUCAGAAGCUUGUUGUAGAAAAUGUCCUUGCUUUCAACGAGGGCUUUUGGAUAAGACUUGCAGCUAGAAGUGAUACGUGCAAAUCUGAAGAUGACAAGAAGGAUUACGAGGAAUUGGCUUCGUCAGUAAUGAGCAUUGUAGAACUCAUUGUUCACAAGACAAAGGAAAAAAUAGAAUCAGCAACAGAUAUUCUUAAAGAUAUCUUACGACCUGCAGUUGAUGAGGAGGAAGAGAUUUGUUGGCCUCCUAGGGAUCCAGACGUUCUCAUUCGGAUGGAGAAAGAGAUAAACCGGAGGGAAUUAGAAGGCCAACUUGAUGAAGGAUUCCUGGCAGAAGUUAGUGCACAACUUCGGCAGGCAAAAGAAGAUGGGGACAAACCAGGGCUUGAAGCCAUGUUACAAAAAGUAUUGCAACUCUAUGCUUCCAGGGUCCUCUCCAAACGUAGUUAUGCCAAAAAAGGGUCUGAAGUUAUUUUACCCGAGCAAUUUCUUGAGACUAUAAUCACAGCUCCUGAACAAGAAUGGAAUAAGCUGUUGCUUGAUGGACUAACUAUUGGUAAAGGGAAAGUUACACCUGAAGAGUUGUUUGCUGUCAUUAACAAACGAAUGGAGCGGACUCUAAUUCGAACAGAGGGAGGUUCCUAUGCACAGCGUAUUCUUAGCGAAUAUUUAAAAGGCAUUCAGUCAAGAUCAGAGGAGAUCAUUCAAGUACUCAAAGGUGAGAAACAGUCUUAGAACAGUUACAUUUUCGAAACUAGGUAGUUAUGGUGGAUAUAUGUCUACCUUGUUUCAUUGUUAUAACGUAAUAGAGCUAAAUACACUGGUAAAAAGAAUAUUUUGAUCUUUGUGAUAUACGCAUUGGUACUUUUUGUAUCGAUCAAGUAAGCUCAUGUAAACCUCUGGUGUUCUUGAAUUUAUCCCUUUGCAUAGUAACAAUUUAGUUUUAUACUCA